AUGCAUCUGGACUGCUUCACUGUUCGUGACGCGCGCCAUCACCCCGUCGCGGAGCUAACACACCACGUGUGUGAAUCGCUCACGACAGUCGAAAUUCUGUAUGAUUUUCCACAGUCCAUCGCGACUCACUGUGUUGAAGGCUUUCGUCAGAUCCAUGGAGAUGGCGUAAAGGUGGGUCCGCAUCUUCCGACGCUUUUUUUUCUAGCUGGUGGGCGGCGAAGAUCAUGUCGGUGAUUUUACGGUGUCGUCGGAAGCCUCGCUAGCAUUCCAGGAGAAGUCUCUGUUCGAGAUAGCUGUUGAGGCGGUUGAGGGGGAUGCGAACAAAAAUCUUCCCGUCGAUGUUGAGCAGUGGGAUUCCUCUGUUGUUAUUUCAGAGUUGCAGGCUCCCUUUCAGCUUAUAGAGAUGGACGAUUGGGACGUCUUGGAAAUCCUGAGGAACUUUUCUUCUGCGCCAUAUCUCCUGGAAUAG